CAACCAACCAAAACAACUAGUACUCUUCUCUCUCCCAUUGCCAUUCCCAUUCCCUUCCCUCCCCCCUCGUCCUCACCUGCUUCUUCGUUCGUGCCCCUCACGUUCCCCCAGAUGUUCCCUCUCUCUCCUCACACCCUCCUCCGCAAUGGUGAUCCCCACAAGCAAAUGCGAGAUGAUGAAUGAAAGACCCCAUACUUGUCCCUUACCUUAUUAGGAGGACGACGAUGACGUCGCCGCGGCAGUGGUGGCGGCGGGCGGCGGCGGCGGUGAAGGACAAGCGGAGCCUCUGCCUGGCGCGCGUGGCCGGGGGCCCGGCGCGCGACGCGGAGAUGGAGGCGGCGGUGAUCCGGGCGACGAGCCACGACGAGGGCGCGGUGGACUACGCGAGCGCGGCGCGGGUGUUCGCGUGGGCGCGGGCGUCGCCAGCGUUCCUGCGGCCGCUGAUGCGCGCGGUGUCGCGGCGCGCGGGGCGGACGCGGUGCUGGGCGGUGGCGCUGAAGGCCCUCAUGCUCGCCCACGGCCUCCUCCUCCGCUCCGACGCCGCCCCGCCGCGCGCCAGCCUCGGCCGCCUCCCCUUCGACCUCUCCGACUUCCGCGACCGCUCCGCCCACCCCCGCGCCAUGUCCGCCCCCUUCUCCGCCUUCGUCCGCGCCUACUUCGCCUUCCUCGACCACCGCUCCCUCUUCGCCGCCCACCUCGACCAACCCCACCCUAACCCUAAUCCCAACGACGGCGACGGCGACGGCGACGGCGACGGCGACGACGCGCUCCUCGACCGCAUCCAGAAGCUCCAGAUCCUCCUCGACCUCCUGAUGCAGAUCCGGCCCUACGCCGACGGGAUGGAGGUGGGGCUCGUCCUCGAGGCCAUGGACUGCGUCGCCGUCGAGAUCUUCGAGGUCUACAGCGAGAUCUGCGACGGGAUCGCCCGAUUCCUCGUGGGGAUCCUCUCCUCCUCCUCCUCCUCCUCCUCCUCCUCCUCCUCGGAUCAUCCCCCGCGAGGAUUAGGCGAGGCCGAAGAGGCGCUGCAGCGGCGGCGGCGGCGGCGGCGGAGGCGAGGGUUGAUCGGGAUCAGGAUCGUGCGGAAGGCGACGGCGCAGAGCUCGCUCUUAUCCUCCUACUUCGACCUGUGCCGAUCCCUGGGGGUCCUCAACGCCACGGAUUUCCCCGCCGUGGAGACCAUCCCCGAGGAGGACAUCAGGGACCUCGAGAGGCUCGUCGUGGAGGGCGCUCCAUCGCCGGAGAAGGCCAUCGUCGUCGUCAGCGCCGGCGCCGGCGCCGGAGGAGGAAGAGGAGAAGGAAAGGGAAUCGACGUGGAAGAGGAGGAGAGGGGCGGCAAUGGCGGGGGUGCGAGGUCGCGGACGGUGGUGACGAAGGAGUGGGUGGUGUUCGAGGAGGAAGAAGAAGCAGGGGAGGGGCAGGGGUAUUUUGGGAAGAGCGUCGCAGGGCAGGGGCAUUCCGGGAAUCCGUUUACGCGCUCCCCAGAGAAGUCGUGGGCCUGCAUGGUGGGCCCCACGACGGGCACGCCCUUCGGGAGUAACGGUAACCUGAUCGAGCUCAUUUGAAAUUAAAUUUUUUAAAAUUUUUUUCUUAUUAAUUGCUCUAAUAAGUAUUAAUGAUAUGAUUAUUAUUAUAAUUAUUAUUACUACUCUCACUAUUAUAUAUAAUGCGAUGUUAGAUUGUAAUGCUUAUACUAUUUUUGGGUGUUGAUCAUACGGAAUUAUACUACACCAUUAAAGGACAAUGAUAUGAUAUUUAUUUAUAAUGUAUUUGGGAUUGUAAAUAGUUUCAACUUGAGGAGGAGGGGAGAAAAUGAUUCUACACUUGAGUGUGAUCAAUGACAAAGUUGCAUUGAGGGUGAAAUUUGAGGUUUAUAUUAGCAAAUCCUUUUUCCUUUUUUU